AUGAUGGCUGUUACGUCCGAACACGUUGACAGCGUGAUACAAGAUAAUGAUUCUCAUCUGAAGUCAAGUGAAGAGGCUCUUACUCAUCUGGAGGAGGUUAUAUCUCAUGUCGUUUCCGAAGCCAUUGAAUAUGCUGAUAAACCCCCGGAAGAGCGAACUCUUCCAGCCCUAGUUAGAAAAUCGGCCACCCAACCUCGAAGGCCUAAUCCAACUCCUCCAUAUGGGCAAGUGAAUAUUCCAAACAACGGAGCGCAAAUGAUGGGCUUUAAUCAUAUGGGUGCUUAUGGAUUUCCUCAGGUUCAGGGCCAACUACAUUGCAAUCCUAGAUUUACAAUGCCACCUGGAACGACUGUUAUCCAGCAAACACCUCAGCGUUUCAUGCCACAAUACAACGGCAUUCAGACGAAUCAAUAUCACGCUCAGAACGCCCAAUUACAACAACAGUAUGCACAAGCCGCCCAAUUUCAAAUUCAGCAACAACAGCAGUAUCAAUUGCAUUUACAACAGCAACAGGCCCUAGCGGUGGCUCAACAGCAGCAACAGCAACAGCAAGUCCAAGCCCAACAGCAACAAGCUCAGCAAGCUGCACAGGCUCAACAGAUGCAAAUGUAUGCGGCAGCAGGUGCUGGUGCUGGAGCCUCUUUUACCGUAGUUCCUCCCACUGCCGGUGCUCCAACAGUGGCUACCGUCACUCAAGCAGCACUAGCAACUAACCCCCAAGCAGCCGCAUUAGGAGUAGCAACAGCAGCGGUCCCCUCCCAACUUCCCUCUGCUGCUGCGACCGUCUCGCCUCUGGCUACCGUUCAACAGCAGCAAGUCCAACAAGCCCAACAGCAACAUUCCCUCACUCCCCAACAGAUCCAUCAACUCUCUGCGGCCUACGCUGCGGCUCAUCAACUUCCGGGUAAGUUGAAUCUUUUAUGUAGUAGGCAGUCUUAUCUUGUAGGUAUGAUCCAGACCUUCACACCAACUCAGCAGCAGCAGAUCCAACAGCAACAACAACAACAACAACAACAAGCUCAGCAGACCCAGCAGCAGCAGAUGAAUGUAGCGGCUCAGCAGCAGCAAAGGUGGACGGCUUCAACGACGCCAAAUGUUUACCAGCAGCAGACACAGCCCUCAAAUCCAACGGAUGCACAGCAACAGCAACAGCAAUUCCUUCAUGCACAGCAGGUACAGGCUGCUCAAGUUCAGGCUCAUGCACAAGCAACGGCCCAGCAACAAUAUCUCCAAGCCCAAGUGCAACAGCAAUUACACUCUCAACAACAGCAGCAGCAGCAGCAACAGAACGUCUCAAAUCACCAUAAUUUUGAUUAA